GCCUCACAGGCGCCGCCUCAGGGCAAGCGAACGAGCCCAAUCGGGCCUUAACUUACACUCCGCAUGACGGUGAUCCAGCACGACGCCGACAUCGUCGAGUUUGGCCCGCAGCCGCCGGUGGCCACCGUCGGCCAGACGGCGGGCGACGAGAUGGAAGUCGACAAGGCGGAUGCUGCAGACGCCGACGCUGACGAUGCGCUCACCGGCGAGUUUACGUGGGUGAUAGAGGGCUUCUCAAAGAACAAGCAGGCAAAGCUCUACUCGCCCGUCUUCCAGAGUGGGCAGUACAACUGGCGGAUCCUGCUCUUCCCGGGAGGCAACAACGUGCAGCAGCUGUCGGUCUACCUCGACGUGGCCGAUUCGGCGACGCUGCCGCAGGGGUGGACGCGGCAUGCGCACUUCACGCUCACGGUCCACAACCAAAAGGAGCCGUCGCGCAACGUCAUAAAAGACGCCGACCACCAGUUCAACGUGCGCGCCUGCGAUUGGGGCUUUCGGGAGUUCGUGACGCUGGCGGAGCUCAAGGACACGAGCUCCGGCUUCAUGGUGGACGACAAGCUGAUGGUGUCGGCAAAGGUGCGGGUGGAGCCGCAGGUGAACUGGUGGUCGUGGGACUCGAAGAAGGAGACGGGCUUCGUCGGCCUCAAGAACCAGGGCGCGACGUGCUACAUGAAUUCGCUGCUCCAGUCGCUCACGCACAUCCCUUACUUCCGCAAGGCCGUCUAUCACAUGCCGACGACCGACACGGAGGAUCCGGAGGCCAGCAUCCCGCUCGCCCUGCAGCGCAUCUUUUACAAGCUGCAGUACGCCGACAGCUCCGUCUCGACAAAGCAGCUCACCAAGAGCUUUGGCUGGGACACGUACGACACCUUCAUGCAGCACGACGUGCAGGAGCUCAACCGCGUGCUGGUCGACAAGCUCGAGGAGAAGAUGAAGGACACGAGCGUUGCCGGCACCAUGGCGCACCUCUUCCGCGGCACCUUCACCAACUACGUCAAGUGCAUCAACGUGCAGGACGUCUCGCUGCGCGACGAGGUGUUCUACGACCUGCAGAUCCCGGUCAAGGGGUGCAAGGACAUGUACGCCUCCUUCGACGAGUACGUCAAGGAGGAGACGCUGGACGGCGACAACCAGUACCAGUCCGAGCGCUUCGGGAAGCAGGACGCCAAGAAGGGCGUCGCCUUCAAGGCGCUGCCUCCCGUGCUGGAGCUGCACCUCCGCCGCUUCGAGUACGACUUCAGCACCGACCAGAUGGUCAAGAUCAACGAGCGGUUCGAGUUUCCGACGACGCUCGACCUCGACCGCGGAGAGCGCAAGUACUUUACCGCCGACUCGGACCCCAACGUCGUCAACAAGUACCGCCUCCACUCGGUGCUCGUCCACUCUGGCGGGCCAAACGGCGGCCACUACUAUGCGUUCGUGCGGCCGCUCACGUCGGAGCAGUGGUAUCGCUUCGACGACGAGAGAGUGACCAAGGCCAAGGAGAAGGAGGCGGUCGAGGCGCAGUUUGGCGGCACCGAGCAGCAGCAGCACCCGGGCCACACGCCGCAGUGGAAGCUGCCCAAGAUCUCCAACGCCUACAUGCUCGUGUACGUGCGCGAGUCAGCCAUCCCGGAGAUCAACGUCGACGUGUCGGGCGACGACAUCUCGCAGCACCUGCGGCGCACGCUCGAGAAGGAGCAGGAGGAGAAGGCGCGCAAGAAGAAGGAGCGGCUCGAGGCGCACCUCUACACCGUCGCGCGCGUGGCCACCGCCACCGACCUCGCCACCGAGAUUGGCUCGGACCGCUUCUUCGACCUCGUGACGCACGACAAGGUGCACGCCAUCCGCAUCAAAAAGGAGCUCACGCUCCUCGCGCUCAAGCAGGAGAUCUGGCGGCUCACGGGGGCGCUGCCGGCGCAGCAGCGGCUCUGGCUGUGGGCCAAGCGGCAGAACCACACCUACCGGCCCGAUCGGCCGCUGCAGCUCGACUGCGACGACCACACCGCGAUGAUGGACGUCAAGGAGGACACGACGGCGCAGCAGAACAACAAGUUCCAGCAGGAGCUCCGCCUCUACCUCGAGGUGGUCGGCACGCCGCCCGCGGGGCCGCCGCCGGCCGACGCGCCCGUGCCCGAGGACGAGGGCUACCCGCAGCUGCCGACGAACCAGAUCCUGCUCUUCCUCAAGUUUUACGAGCCCGCGGGCGAGGCGCUCUCCUUUGUCGGCACGCACAUCGCCAGCCACACCGACACCCUCACCGACCUGCUCCCCGUGCUGCGCCGCGCAAAGGGCCUGCCGGCGUCGCAGCAGCUGUGCGUCUACGAGGAGGUCGAGUUUGAGACGUCGGUCCGCUUCGAGCUGCUCUCGGAGCACCGCUCCCUCAAGGACGCGGAGCUGCAGUCGGGCGACAUCAUCGUCUUCCAGUGCGCGCUGCCCGUCGCGGCGCCGACCAGCAUGGCGGUCGAGCCUGCGGCGGGCGCGGCCUCGUCCGACGUGCCCGAGCACGAGCCGCUCCUCCAGAUCCCGCAGUUCUUCGAGCACGUCAAGAACCGCGUGGUGGUGCACGUGCACCGGCUGCCGCCGCAGCACUCGCACGGGCAGGGCGUGCGCGAGAAGGAGCGCGCGAUGGAGAUCACGAUGGACAAGAGGUGGACCUACGACCAGGUGACGGCGUGCGUCGGCAAGGCGCUCGGCUGCGACCCGCUGCACGUGCGGCUGACGAUGCACAACCCGUACUCGGACCUGCCCAAGCCGACGCCGCUCAAGUACCGGUCGGUGGAGAGCCUGCAGGAGAUGCUGCUCUCCUUCCAGAAGACCUCCGACAUCCUCUUCUACGAGACGCUCGACAUGCCGCUGCCCGAGCUCGAGUCGAAGAAGCCGCUGAAGGUGUCGUGGCACACAGCCUCGACGGAGGAGGGGCGCGUCGUCAACCUGCUGCUCGACAAGGAGUCGACGGUGGCCGAGGCGCUGCACGCCCUCGCCAAGAUGGUGCCGCCGGAGGCGCCUGGCGCGGGCGAGGCGAGCGGCGCGAGCGGGAUGGACGUCGCGGGGGCCAACGGCGCGGGGCCGCGGCGGCUGCGCAUGAUGGAGAUCUUCAACCACCGGAUAUACAAGAUCUUCCAGGACCAGGAGGAGAUCGAGACGAUCAACGACCAGUACUGGACCAUCCGCGCCGAGGAGCUCGCGCCCGAGGAGCUGUCGCAGGGGCCCGACGACAAGCUCAUCCACGUGCGCCACUUUUACCGCGACACGAGAAUGAACAUGACGCACAACUUUGGCGACCCCUUCCUGCUGAUGAUCUCGCCCGACGAGACGCUCGCCUCCGUGCGCAAGCGCAUCCAGGCCAGCUGCGGCUGACGGCCGAGGAGAUUGCCGCGUGGAAGAUCGCCGUCGUAUCCUUUGGCCGCGUCGAGUACCUGGAGCAGGACGACGACGUCGUGCGGCCGCACUUUCGCAAGCACGACAACUACUCCAACUGGGACGACUACUUGGGGCUUGAGCACGCGCAGACGGGGACGGGCAGGAAGAAGCAGCAGGCGCGCUCGGGGUACGACAAGCCGGUCAAGAUCUACGGCUGAGCGGCGGCGCGGGCGCCCCCGCGCGUUUGGGCCUCGGCGCAGCGGCGGUACGCGCGCAGGCGGCGGCCGGGGCGCCGCACGCGCGCCGCUCGCGGGGCGCGGCCGCGCGCCUCUCGCGUCGAUCGACGGGGAGGACCGCCUGUAGCUUGCUUGCUGGCGUUGCGUUGCCCGCGACGCAGCAAGCGUCGGCUCUCUGCCCCCGGCGUUUCUCUGCCCCCGGGCCCCCGCGGCUCGUCGCGAGCUCUGGGGCAGCGCCGAUCCGCGCAUCGGCCGAUCGCUUGCCGCCCUCUCCACUAGCGUCAUAAGAUUUGAGUUUGUUUUUGGAUGUUGUCACGAGCGAUUUUUCUC